AUGAUGCUGAAUGUCUGGCUGCUGAAUGGACAUGCACUCGGUGCCCCAAACCACGGUGUUGACAAUGUGGUUGCCCAAGCGCUGUCGGGCGCCGAACUCUGUUCCUCUGGCCCCGUCUCUGUUGCCACAACGACGGCUGCGGCGGCGCAAGCCAGUUUUGCCCCCGCGGCCACAGUCGACCAGAGGACUUGUGUUAGCCCUGGCCUCUCCUCUUUGGACUUAACGGGCCGAGCCGCCUCUUUAUUGGACGGUAACCACGCGGCGUCCUCGUCGUCCGCCUCCUCUCAGAGCAGCGGGCUGACCGAGGAGCCCCCGGCGGCCGAUCAGCAGCCAGACCUUUUGAGCCGCCAGAGCCCCAAGCGCCCGGACAGCGGUACACAGAGCCCCUUCCCCUGCCCUGUCCCCCGUACCCCCCGCGGCGUCAGCGGCCGGCCCCCUACCCUCCUCGGAACCCGCCGCCCCCCCCCGCCGGAGGAGGCCGGGGACUUCGGGGUGGCCAACGGGCUGGCCGGACCCGACGCCGUGGACGGCACGGAGGGGCGCGAGGAGCGGUGCGAGGCGUCGGGGCCCGUUCAGCCGGCUUCCCCAGACUCUGCGGCCCCGCUUGUGUCCGAGCAGCUUCACGCGUCGUCCGCCCCUUCGGCCAACCCUCCCAAAUCCUGGGCUAGCCUUUUCCACAAGUCCAAGCCUCCGCCUGGGGGCCCUCAGGCGUUUGUGGAGGUGAAGAACGUGGUGGAGGUCGUGGCGCCCUCCCCUGUGGUGCCAAAGCAACCGGAGAAAGCCGGGGAGGUCAAAGAGAGCCCUGUCCAUGUGUCAGAGGAUCCUUUGGCCCCUAAACUUGCAGAACUUAUUGACAAUGUGAAGUUGAUACACAAACCAGUGUCUUUACAACCAAGGGGACUGAUCAACAAGGGGAACUGGUGUUAUAUCAACGCUACCCUACAGGCGCUGAUUGCAUGCCCACCCAUGUAUCACUUAAUGAAGUCCAUUCCUGUGCAUAAUGACUCCAAGAGACUUUGCACCUCCACACCCAUGAUAGACUUUGUUAGGCUUGUAAAUGAGUUCAACAACAUGCCCGUGCCAUCAAAACCCAAACAUCAAGCUGCUGGUGAUAAGCUAGUGAAAGACAUUCGACCAGGUGUACCCUUUGAGCCAACGUACAUUUAUAGGCUACUUACACUCAUCAAGUCAAGUCUCUCCGAGAAGGGUCGGCAAGAGGAUGCAGAGGAGUACCUCGGCUUCACCCUCAACGGACUGCACGAGGAGAUGCUGGCCUUGAAGAAACUCAUCUCGCCUCAUGAAGACGAAUCCCCAACCCGCAAUGGGCCCGCGGCCCAGCCCGAAGAGGACCAGGCUGCGGACAAACAGGAGGAAGAGAGCGAGGAGGAGUGGGAGCAGGUCGGACCCCGAAACAAGACCUCCAUCACACGCCAAGCUGACUUUGUCAGCACUCCCAUCACUGAUAUUUUUGGGGGACACAUCAGAUCCGUGGUGUACCAGCAGAACUCUAAGGAGUCAGCCACCUUGCAGCCCUUCUUCACCCUGCAGCUGGACAUCCAGUCCGAGAAGAUCCGCACGGUUCAGGAGGCCCUGGAAACCCUGGUGGCCCGGGAGUCGGUCCAGGGCUACACCUCCAAGACUAAGCAGGAGAUUGAGAUCAGUCGGAGAGUGACUCUGGAAGAGUUGCCCCCGGUGCUGGUUCUCCAUCUCAAGAGGUUUGUGUUUGAGAAGACUGGAGGAUGCCAGAAGCUGACCAAACACAUUGACUACCCUGUCGAUCUGGAAAUCAGCAAAGAUCUGUUAUCCACUGGAGUGCGGAGUAAAGUGGUGAAAGGCCUCAGAAUGUACAGGCUAUUUGCAGUUGUCUAUCACCACGGAAACAGUGCAACGGGCGGCCAUUACACUACAGAUGUCUUCCACAUUGGUCUGAACGGCUGGCUGCGCAUCGACGACCAGGCUGUUAAAGUUAUCAACCAGUACCACGUGGUGAAGCAAUCUGCGGAGCGCAGUGCAUACCUGCUGUACUACCGCCGGGUGGACCUGCUGUAGACGUCCCUGCUCCCCCCUCCAACCCCCACACUAACAAACACUCACACACACACAAACGCACACACCUGCCCAUUCACACACAACACGACAGUUCUCAACUUUUUUAGACGCCAGUUUCAAAUUGCUCUCGACUACACUCAGAUUCUCACAUGCACACCCCAUGAACAAGAACACUGCCCUCUUCUCUUACAAGUUUGAUUUCUUCUCUCCCCCCCCCCCCCCCCCCCCCCCCUGUCCUGCUUUCCAGAGAACCAGCUGUUCCUUCACCGUGUCCCUUGCAUUGUUUUUGUGGUUGAGUGAGCGAAGCGCGCUGCAUUCAAAAAGAGUGACAAUGUCCC